AUGAAUGUCACCAAUGUGAAGGUGUUUGUGUCGAAUGGCAGUGUUCGGAAAGGAUCAGACGUCGACUCGUACCGUACACCACUUGAUUUCGCCAGUUGCAGUUCGGGUAUAUCAGAAGAAUAUCCAUUACUUCCAAAGAACGGAGAUGAUGGAAUUAGUCAAGGAGGUAUUUAUAUCAAGAAACCAGAUCCCAGACAACGGGUGAUGGCUAGAAGAACAUCCCACACACUUUUGUAUGUACCCGAACAACGAAGGAUAUCAAAUGUUUCUGGAAAUUCGGUAGCGUCUUGUCCUCCUGGAACAGUACAAACUUCUGGUGAAGAAGACGACAAAGUUCCACCUGCUCCAUCGUUUUCUCUUCAUUUGAGCCCAGUUGGAACAAGAAGAAAAUCAGUGCAAACUGGAGCACCUGCCAUUGGAUUUCGUCCUCUAAAAACAUUUGAACGUCGGGCAAGUCAACCUACACUUCAAUUCGAAGCCAAGAAAGCAGCAGCAGCAAACAGUGGAACAAGUUCUGGAGGAAAUGGUGGUGGUACUGUAAAUCUGAUCAACAUGACUGGUCCAUCGACAACUAUUCCAUUGCCACCCGACAAAGCAAAGAUGCUCACAAAACGUGUAUCAUGGUUAUCUAUGAAAUCAUUACAACAAGAAGAAGCGAAAACUCGUAGAUCAAGUGCAUGUGGCUCUCCUCGUGGUGGUUCACCGAGUCGAACACUAUCACAAUAUGGAUCUCAACCAUUUCUAGCAGAAGAUCGUGAUUUUGACAGUGAUACUCCCCCAUUGGAUACACUUAGUUGGAGUAACGCUGGAAACGAAUAUGAUAAUGUGACUCUGAUGUAUGCAAAACAUGAGAAGAUUCCGAUGAAGGACUUUGGUUCAGAGAUUCGUGCGACCAUGGACAUUGAUCAUUUGUUGAAUAAGGCAGUACUCCUUCUCGAUCUUCAGGAGACAAGUCUUGAGGAGAUUUUUGCCAAAAUCAUCCAUGAGAUGGAUAUUCAAGAACCAGAAUUCACAAGUGAACAAGUCAGAAGUGUUCUUUUCACACAGGAUGCUGGAAAUCAAUUUCACAUCCUAUCUCGAACAGUUCAAUCAAUUUGUACGACCGGAUCGGUUGGUGGAAGUUUCGAUUACGAUCAGACGUGGAUUUGUGCGCUAUGUAUGCUAAAUACAGUACAACAUCGUCACGUGGCGAUUGCUCGUCUUUCUCAUCCGACCAAUUUGGGAAGAACAAUGCAAGAUCUUCGAUUUAUUAUCAUUGUGAUUGCACCAAGCAGAGCGAAAGGAACAAAAACAGCACUCGAAACAACUCGAACAUUCGCAACUCUCUUUGCUGAUAUGGAGAUUCGACAGAGAUUAGUUAUGGCUCAAAGUGUUGAACAAUUCCGAUCAACGCUGUUAUCAGCAGCCAAAGAAUUGGCUAUGGACCAGAAUCAAUGGAGAGAAAGGAAGUCUUCGAUUCAUUUGAGUCAUGCAAAAGAACAAAUUUUCGGACCAGAAGCGUGGUAUCCGUUCCGGGGGUUAAAAGAUGAAUUCAAACGACGUCUUGCCAUCUAUCCAUCGGAUUAUCUCGAUGGAAUUCGGGGUCAUAAAACAGUUCAAAAACUCUUCUCAACAGUGGUAUUCUUGUAUUUUGCGUGUCUUCUUCCAGCAAUUGCAUUCGGAGUUCUCAAUGAUGAUAAUACAAAAGGAGCUAUUAAUGUACGGAAAGUGAUUAUUGCUCAAGCAAUCGGUGGUAUUUUCUUCUCUCUUUUCGGCGGUCAACCCAUGAUUAUUCUGCUCACAACAGUGCCUUUAGCAAUUUAUAUAAAAGUGAUAUUCAAAAUAUCUCAAGAACUUGGAUAUGAUUUCCUUGCAAUGUAUGCGUGCGUCGGUCUAUUCUGUCAAAUGUUCUUGAUACUUUACUCGGCGACUGAGUUGUGUAGUUUGAUGAAAUUUGCAACAAGGUCUGCCGAGGAAAUGUUUUCACUCUUUAUCGCAAUUGCAUUUACGGUCGAAUCAAUACGGGCAAUACACAACAGUUUCAAAAAGAACUACAACGACUGUGACACGUCAGCAAUAUCAAUGAAAGCGGCUAGAACAGCUCUUGAUGCAUUUCGAAACGGGACCACAAACACUGACAGUAUCGUAGGGAAUAUCACAAGCAGUAUGAGUAUCGGAGAUACGGGAAGUCUCUGUCGAAGAGACACAUCCAUUCUCUACAUGCUUCUAAUGUUUGGAACUCUUUGGCUUGGAUUAUUCUUGUAUAACUUUCGAAAGACACCGUAUUUGACAAGGUCUCGACGAGAAUGGUUGGCUGAUUACGCUCUUCCAGCAUCUGUUUUGAUUAUGUCAUUCACUGGAUCUUAUGCUUUUUCCGAUAUUGAAAAAGAUCGAUUCAACCUCCGUUUCGAAUUCCCUCUGAUCCAAAUGGCUGACAUUUUCUCUCUCCCUCCAUCCGGAUAUUUCGUGUGCCUUCUUCUCGGAUUCUCCUUGUCUUUCCUCUUCUUUAUCGACCAGAAUAUUACAUCCGCAAUCGUGAAUAACACUCAAAACAAGCUGAAGAAAGGAACAUCUCACAACUUGGAUCUGUUCGUCGUUGCCCUCCUCAAUAUGUUCUUGUCAGUUUUCGGCCUUCCAUGGAUGCACGGUGCUCUCCCACACUCACCACUUCAUCUCAGAGCAUUGGCGGAUGUUGAAGAAAGAGUUUCUCAAGGACAUGUUCAUGAAGUAAUAAUGAAUGUUCGUGAGACUCGUCUUGCUUCUCUAAUUGCUCAUGUAAUGAUCCUUGUCUCCAUGUUCUUCUUGAUCCCAUAUCCACUUCAACUCAUCCCAACUUCUGUUCUUCAUGGUCUUUUCCUCUACAUGGCUUUGACUUCAUUGUCCGGAAAUGAGAUGUUUGAACGGCUGCUUCUUCUGAUCACUGAACAGCAAGCGUACCCACCAACCCAUUACAUUCGAAAAGUUCCACAACGAAAAGUGCACUUAUUCACUGCCUGCCAACUCCUCCAACUCAUCAUUCUCUGUGCUUUUGGUUUCUCACCGUAUCCAUUCAUUGAGAUGGUUUUCCCAAUUGUGUGUUUCUUCUUCCUUCCCAUCCGACACACAUUGAUUCCUCGUCUCAUUGAUUACAAAUAUCUGGAUGCUCUCGAUGGUCGUCACUAG